UGCUUGCAAAGAAAGAUUGCUACUACAAUACAUUGAUCAUGGAAAACCAUGGUGCACUGUCUGAGACCAAGUAUUCAUAUGACGUUUUCCUUAGCUUUAGAGGCAAAGAUACGCGUCACACGUUUACUUGUCAUCUCUAUGAUGCUUUGUGUCGGAAGGGAAUUAUCACCUUCAUGGACGAUGUGGAACUGAAGAUUGGAGAUCAGCUUGCUCCUGUGCUUCUUAAAGCCAUUGAAGAAUCAAGGAUUUCCAUUGUUGUUUUCUCUGAAAACUAUGCAGCCUCUUCAUGGUGCCUUGAUGAACUUGUGUGUAUCAAGUCGAAAUGUGAGCACGUUUGGCCCAUCUUCUACAAAGUGGAUCCCUCAUAUGUGAGGUAUCAGAAAGGAAGCUAUGGUGAGGCCAUGACUAAGCAUGAAUCAAGGUUUGGGAAAGACUGUGACAAGGUGCACAAAUGGAGAUCAGCCUUGACUGACAUAGCCAACUUGAAAGGAGAACAUUUGCAAUCAGAACAAGGGAAGGACGAGUCUAAGUUUAUUGAUGAUCUUGUUGACAAGAUUUUCAUUAAAGUAUCUCCAAAAGAUUUAUCUAGUAAUGAGCAUAUUGUUGGACGGAAGUAUCGAGUUGAAGAAUUGAAGUCGCUUUUAGAUCUUGAGUCUCGUAACGUCACUUGCUUGUUAGGGAUUCAUGGGGUAGGUGGAAUUGGAAAAACCACACUUGCCAAAGCUUUGUAUGACUCCAUUUACAAGCAUUUUGAGAGUUCGAGUUUUCUUUCCAAUGUUAGAGAAACCUCAAAGCAAAAGGGCUUCAAACAUAUGCAAGAACGACUCCUAUCAGAGAUACUUGAAGUAAAAAAAAUCAAGUUGAAAAGUAUUGAAGAAGGAACUAGAGCAAUAAAAAUUAGACUUGGUUUAAAAAGAGUUCUUAUAGUUCUCGAUGAUGUUGAUAACGUUGAACAAUUGAAAAAGUUGGCAAAGGAACGUGAUUGGUUUGGUAUUGGGAGUAGGAUCGUCAUAACCACAAGAGAUAAGCAUUUGCUAGAUUUUGGUGGGGUUGAAAAGAGAUACGAAGUGAAAGUGCUAAAUGAACAAGAGUCUUUAGAGCUCAUUUGUCAGAUUGCCUUUAAAAAAAGUUAUCCUGAAUCAAACUAUGAAGAUUUGUCUUACCGUGCAAUGCGUUGUUGCAAAGGCCUUCCAUUGGCCUUAAAAGUACUAGGCUCUCAUAUGAUUGGAAAAGAUCUGGGUGGGUGGAAGGAUGCAUUGGAUAGAUAUGAAAAGAAUCCACAUGAAGAUGUUCAAAAAGUUCUUAGAAUAAGUUAUGAUAGUUUACCUUUCAAUGAAAAAAAUAUUUUUCUUGACAUUGCAUGCUUCUUCAAAGGGAAGAGAUUGGAAUAUGUAAAAGAAGUAUUAGAUGCAUGUGACUUCUGCUCUGGGGAUGGCAUUACAACAUUAGUUAAUAAAUCUCUUUUAACUAUUGACUAUCAAUGUCAAUGCUUGGAGAUGCAUGACCUAUUACAAGACAUGGGUAGAGAGAUUGUUAGGGAGGAAGCGUGGAAUGAAGUUGGUGAACGUAGCAGAUUAUGGCAUCAUGAAGAUGUUCUUCAAGUACUAGCUGAUAAUAAUGGAAGUAGACAAAUUCAAGGAAUAAUGCUUGAUCCUCCAAAAAGAGAAGAAAUUAAUUGUAUUAAUACUGUAUUUGAGAAGAUGAAAAAUCUUAGAAUUCUCAUUGUUCAUAACACAAGUUUUUCACAAGAGCCUCGUUUUCUCCCAAAUAACUUAAGGCUACUUGAUUGGAAGUGCUAUCCUUCGCAGUCUUUCCCAUUAAGUUUUUAUCCAAGGAAAAUUGUGACCAUCAAUUUAAGAGGAUGUCCUUUACUCGUAUUGGAAAAGCCAUUUCAGAGAUUUGAGCAUUUGACUUCUAUGGAUUUCUCUAAUUGUCACAUGAUUACUAAAUUUCCUGAUGUGUCUGGCACAAUGAAUUUAAGAGAACUGAGACUUGAUAAAUGCAAGAACCUAGUUAGCAUUCAUGAAUCAGUUGGACAUCUUGCUAACCUUGUUUUCCUAAGUGCUUCUCAAUGCACUCAACUUCAAAGUUUUGUGCCAACAAUCUAUUUGCCAUCUCUCAGACACCUCUCCUUUAACUCAUGCAAAAGACUCACACACUUUCCAAACAUCAUGGGAACAAUGGAUAUGCCAUUAAAGAUUCAUAUGUUUGAUACAGCUAUUGAAGAGCUUCCAAAAUCCAUUAAGAAACUUAUUGGGCUUAAUUAUCUUGACAUGACAUAUUGUAUGAGACUCCAACAUUUACCAAGUAGCUUAUUUAUGUUGCCAAACUUUGUCACGUUACAUAUUGGAAGAUGUCAUCAACUUCGAGAGUCAUUUAGAAUGUCCAAAGGAAACCAUUCAACAUGUCCUAAAUUAGAGACAUUACAUUUUGAGGAUGCUAAUCUAUUAGAGGAAGAUAUUCACAUGAUUAUUUAUAAUUUUCCUAACUUGAAGGACUUAAAUUUAUCAUGGAACAACUUUGUGUCUCUCCCAACAUGCAUUGAAGAAUAUACUAAGUUGACAUGUCUUGACGUAAGUUAUUGUAAGAUGCUUCGAGAAAUUCCAGAACUACCGUCAAGUGUUGAAAAAGUAGAUGCAACACUUUGUAAUUCCUUAGCUUCGGAGACAUCAAACAUGUUAUGGUCUCAGGUGCGUAAAGAGACGAGGAGAUUAGAAGUGAUGAUGCCAAAAAGAAAGAUUCCAGAAUGGUUUGAUUAUGUUAGCAAGGGAAGCUUUCUAAUUUUUAAGGCUCGUGGGAAGUUUCCUGCAAUUGCUUUAGCAUUUGUGUUUGGAGAAAUGGAUGCCAAGGCUAAAAAGACAUUGCCGAUUGAGUGGCGAGCUAUUGGCAUGAACUUAUUCAUUGAGGGUGAACGAAGACAGUGUCAUGCUUUUGCUAUGGGUGAGAAUCAUGUGUUCUUGUGCAACCUACAAGUUUUGCUAAGUUUAGAGGUGUGGGAUGUAGGUAAUGAUUGGAAGACCAUAGAGGUUCAUUGUGAAACAGAGCUAAGUCUAUGUUCAUGGGGAGUUUAUGUGUACAAGCAUGAGACUAACAUGGAGGAUAUCCAAUUCAUGAGUCAUGAUCCCAACUCUUCUUUAGUUCGAAGUCUUCACGAAAUUAGUGAGGAAGAGCAAAUAAGAAAUUUUGAAUUGGAUGAAACCUAUAGGGUGCUUGCUAUGAUGAUCAAACAUUUAGAUAAACUUUGGUAUGUUAUAGACGAGUCACCUGAAUUACUGGAAACCAAACAAUUUUUGGUAGAAUUCUUGGGGAAAGUGUUUAGGAGAUAUCUUAUGAAUUCAAGAGAGGGAAAAAAUACUUUAGGGUUGAACAUUGAAGAUGAUGAGGAAAUGGAUGUUAAUUUAGUGAUGCUUGUGGUAAUCACUGUAAUAGUGUCAAGUGUUGAAGGGUUUCUUCAAGAAGAUUCAAGCUUUGAAGAUGAUGUAAAUGCAUAUGAUUUGAAUCAUAACACUAUUUGUAGUGCUUGUUUAGAAUUGUUGUCAAUUUCAAUCAAAUUAUUUUUUCCCGUCCUCUUUCUCCAUCUUUUUAUUGAGUAAGUUCCAUCUUUAAGAUUUGUUGUAUGUUAUUUGCUUCGACUUGUUUUGU